AACACCUUUCUUCGCCGCGGCCGGCCGAAGGAUCGCCUCCAUGUACCAGUAACAUCACACGCACGACAUGUGCAGAGCCCUACAGACGGGACCUUGCCCCCACGUACCAUUCAGCACGGCGAAGUAGGAUCGCACUAUCUGGUCUACAGCUUCGGUAUCUGCAUAGCCAUUCCUAUGCACCAAUGUCGGCCGCAUGAUUGGAUUCUCUGGAAAGCCAACGGCCACGCGGUGGACAAGCUUCCUCGAGCUCCUCUUCCCGCGCUGAUCUCUAGGCACGCGAUCGCGCACGCUACGAAAUUUCUACCAAACUUCCCUCGUUAUUCUCCUUCGUCCCCUCCCUCAAGAUAUAUCUGCCAGCGCACUGGCGUCCGAACCACUACUCGGCUCCUCGAGUAAACACAGUAUCGAGCUAGACGCCAUGGCAGACUACAGCGAUGACAAGACCACUGGCAAGGUCGCGCCAACCUACGAUGCCUCACCAGAAGAACGACACAGCGAUGAAGUAUCAGUUGGGAAAGGCGAUCUGCUCGCCUUGGAAGAUGUGGACCCAGUCCUGAACGCAAAGAUGCAUUUGGUCAACAACGCCAUUGAUCAAAUCGGAAUGACACCAUAUCAAUGGAAGCUUUUUGUGCUAAAUGGCUUUGGAUACGCAGUCGACUCGCUCAUUCUGCUCAUUCAAUCCAUCAUUGCAGAAAAUGCUGCCUACGAAUUUCGACCAUCCUUCACCAACGGAAUGACAAUUGCUGCGUAUGUGGGUAUGCUGGUCGGAGCACUGUUCUGGGGUUUGAGCGCAGAUGUCAUCGGACGCAAGUAUGCAUUCAACAUCUCGCUACUCUUAUCCUCCGUCUUCUGUAUUGUUGCAGGAGCCAGUCCGAACUGGAUCGUGCUUGGUCUGUUCGUUUCCCUUGCAGCUUUUGGCUCAGGCGGAAACCUGGUUCUGGAUACAGCAGUGUUUCUCGAGUACUUGCCCUCAAAACAUCAAUGGCUGCUGACACUUAUGGCCGCUUGGUGGGGUGUCGGCCAGCUAAUCGCUGGACUUUUCGCUUGGGCAUUCAUGCCAAACUUCUCUUGCCCAGGAUAUCCUGCAGAUACUGGCAUUCCUUGCAAUUGGAAGACAAACGCAGGAUGGCGUUAUAUGUGGUUUACAAAUGGCGCGCUGGUCCUGGUGAUGAGUCUUGCUCGUGUCACGAUCAUUCGGCUGCGUGAGACACCAAAGUUCUUGGUGGGUGAAGGCAGAGAUGCCGAAGUCGUGGAGACCCUUCAAUUCAUCGCGAAGAAGUACAAUCGACCUUGCGAUUUGACGAGGGAGCGCAUGGAGGCAUGUGGUGUUGUUACUGGAGGACAAAGACGAGGCUCUGUAUCAGCACACGCCUCAAAGCGAUUUGCCUUUGCUGAAGUUGGCAUGCAUCUGAAGGGUUUAUUUGCUACGAGGAAGCUCGGGCUCAGCACAGUGCUUAUCUGGUGGUCUUGGCUGCUCAUUGGUCUUGCCUACCCACUCUACAACGUUUUUCUGCCGACUUAUUUGAAGACACGUGGUGCCGCCUUGGGUGGUCUGCCUGACAGUAUUCGAUGGCGGAACUACGCAAUCGCCAAUCUGUGCUCAAUUCCGUCCCCAAUCUUGGCCGGUUAUAUGUGUCGUUCCAGAUUCUUCUGGGGACGCCGAGGAACCAUGAUCGUCGGUGCAUUGGUCACGAUGGCCUUCUUCUUCGCUUAUACGCAGGUCAAGUCCAAUGCAGAGAAUCUGGGCUUCACGUGCGCCAUCAGCUUUUGCCUAAAUAUUUAUUACGGCACACUCUAUGCGUACACUCCAGAAGUAUUGCCAUCAGCGCAUCGUGGUACGGGCAAUGGUAUAUCCAUUGGCUUCAAUCGGAUCAUGGGCAUUAUGUCUGCUGUUAUCGCCUACUACGCCGACACAUCGACUCCGGUCCCAAUAUACCUCUGCGCGGCACUUUAUAUUGUCAUGGCCAUCACUGCCGCUAUAUUCCCAUUUGAGCCGAUGGGCAAUCGCAGCUCUUAGACACCAGUUACGCAAGCUCUGGACGAAGAUCAUGAAAGCUAGGGCUGUGUAAGAAACGUGCGCCGAGUAUCUAACGACAGACGA